AUGGCCAUCGGGAGCUUGGCAAUAGGAAUCAUCUUCUCCUUACAGACUGCAGCUGGAAUUCUGGGGAAUUUCUCUCUUCUUUCCCAUGAUCUCUAUCUCCACUUCACAGGAUGCAAGUUGAGGUGCACAGAUGUGACUAUCAGACACCUGACCUUAGCCAACUGCUUAGUCAUUCUCUUUAGGGGAACCCCCCAGACCAUGGCAGCUUUGGGGAUGGAGGGCUUCCUGAGUGACAUGGGGUGCAAACUCGUGUUCUAUGUUCACAGAGUGGGCAGGGAUGUGUCCAAAGGCAGCACCUGCCUCCUGAGUGUGUCCCAGGCCGUCACCAUCAGUCCUAACAACUCCUGCUGCAGGGACCUUAAAAUUAAAACUCACAGAUACAUUGGCCCCUGCAAUAUCCUCUGCUGGGUCCUCAACUUCAUACUAAAUGUCAUGACACCUGUGCAUAUGACUGGCAAAAGACACAAAGAAAACAUCACAAAGAGAACUGAUUACGGCUACUGUUCCUCAAUACCUAAGGAGAAAACUGCAAGCUCCCUGUACAUAUCCCUGUUGUUCCUCCACGACGCUCUCCCCGUGGGGCUCAUGCUCUGCGCCAGCGCCUUCAUGCUGUCCUUCCUGCACAGGCACAAGCAGCAGGUGCGAUACAUCCGCUCUCACAGUGCCACCCUCAGGUGCUCUCCCGAGUCCAGAGCCAUGCAGAGUGUCCUGAUUCUGGUGAGCGUUUUUGCAUCUCUGAGCAUGCUCUCUUUCAUCUUGCAUGUCUGUGUGCCUGCUCUAAACAAUCCCAGUAUGUGGCUGGUGCACACCUCGGCAUUCAUUGCUGGGAGCUUCCCAGCUGUGAGCCCCUACAUCCUCAUGAGCCAUGACUCCAGAGUGCCCAGGCUCUGCUUUGCUUGCCCAAGGGAUGCCAAAUCCUCUCCACUCAGAGUAAGUGUGUAA